CUGGGAGCCAGAGUGCCAGGCAGCGUCGCAGGAGCAGGUUCUGGGCUGGCAAGCUCCCAGGCCUCCCUUCAGCAGGCCUGUUGCCUCUGGUAGGGGAAAUGAGGGGUCCCCAGUGACGCCACAUUCAGAGGGCACUGGGCUCCCACUUGUCCUAGGGGCUGAUGAAACAUAGAAGCAGCAGGAAGCGGCUGGGAGCAGCCGGGGACGGGGUUCCCAUGGGAAUGAGAGAGGCACCUCCAGGAGGAUGCCCACAGGGGCACAGGUGGCGGGGGCUUGGCCUAAGGACCAGGUUGCCAAGUGGAGCACACCCCCGCAGUCCGCACCAGAGAACGGGAGCCCGACCUGGGGUACGGGUUGCUUCACCCCCGCGUGGACCUCCCCCUCGUCUCUGGAGCGGGGGGGGGGCUCUGCCUGGGGGCCAGAGUCUCUGGGGCUGCCGUCGCGCCGCCCCCUCCCCGCGCUGCAUACCUUGCCCACAGCCGAGCAGCUGGGAGGCUAUUUAUAAAGGCGGGUGAGAUCAGCGGCCGGCCGAGGCUAUAAAUUCGCAGGCCCCGGCCGGGCCCCACAGGAGCAGCCGCCCGGGGCACCGGAGCUGCGGGCUGCGUGGCCGGGAUGAGCGCCAGCACGGGCGGCGGCAGGGACAGCGGCGGCAGCGGCAGCAGCAGCAGCUCACAGGCCUCCUGCGGGCCCGAGUCCUCGGGCUCCGAACUAGCCCUGGCCACGCCGGUGCCUCAGAUGCUGCAGGGCCUUCUGGGCUCCGACGACGAGGAACAGGAAGACCCCAAGGACUACUGCAAGGGCGGCUACUACCCUGUGAAGAUCGGCGACCUGUUCAAUGGGCGGUACCACGUGGUGCGCAAACUGGGCUGGGGCCACUUCUCCACCGUCUGGCUCUGCUGGGACAUCCAGCGCAAGCGCUUUGUGGCCCUGAAAGUGGUGAAGAGUGCAGGGCAUUACACGGAGACAGCUGUGGAUGAGAUCAAGCUCCUGAAAUGUGUCCGGGACAGCGACCCCAGUGACCCCAAAAGAGAGACCAUUGUCCAGCUCAUUGAUGACUUCAGGAUCUCAGGAGUCAAUGGAGUCCAUGUGUGCAUGGUGCUGGAGGUGCUGGGCCACCAGCUCCUCAAAUGGAUCAUCAAGUCCAACUACCAGGGCCUGCCCGUGCCCUGCGUGAAGAGCAUCGUGAGGCAGGUGCUGCACGGCCUGGACUACCUCCACACCAAGUGCAAGAUCAUCCACACGGACAUUAAGCCCGAGAACAUCCUGCUGUGUGUGGGGGACGCCUACAUCAGGCGCCUGGCCGCCGAGGCCACUGAGUGGCAACAGGCAGGGGCGCCGCCCCCCUCCCGCUCCAUAGUCAGCACUGCCCCCCAGGAGGUCUUGCAGACCGGUAAGCUGUCCAAAAACAAGAGGAAGAAGAUGAGGCGCAAACGGAAACAGCAGAAGCGGCUGCUGGAGGAGCGGCUGCGGGACCUGCAGAGGCUGGAGGCCAUGGAGGCCGCGGCCCAGGCUGAGGACUCCAGCUUGAGACUAGACGGGGGCAGCGGCUCCACCUCCUCUUCAGGCUGCCACCCGGGGGGCGCCAGAGCAGGUCCCUCCCCAGCCUCUUCCUCCCCUGCCCCGGGGGGCGGCCGUAGCCUCAGCCCUGGCUCACAGACCUCAGGCUUCUCUGGCUCCCUCUUCUCUCCUGCCUCCUGCUCCAUCCUCUCCGGCUCAUCCAAUCAGCGAGAGACCGGGGGCCUCCUGUCGCCUAGCACACCAUUCGGUGCCUCGAACCUCCUGGUGAACCCCCUGGAGCCCCAAAAUGCAGAUAAGAUCAAGAUCAAGAUCGCAGACCUGGGCAACGCCUGCUGGGUGCACAAGCACUUCACGGAGGACAUCCAGACUCGGCAAUACCGGGCCGUCGAGGUGCUGAUCGGCGCCGAAUAUGGCCCCCCAGCAGACAUCUGGAGCACGGCCUGCAUGGCCUUCGAGCUGGCCACUGGUGACUACCUGUUCGAGCCGCAUUCUGGAGAAGACUACAGUCGUGAUGAGGACCACAUCGCUCACAUAGUGGAGCUUCUGGGGGACAUCCCCCCAGCCUUCGCCCUCUCAGGCCGCUAUUCCCGGGAGUUCUUCAACCGGAGAGGAGAGCUGCGGCACAUCCACAAUCUCAAGCACUGGGGCCUGUACGAGGUACUCAUGGAAAAGUACGAGUGGCCCCUAGAGCAGGCCACACAGUUCAGCGCCUUCCUGCUGCCCAUGAUGGAGUACAUCCCCGAAAAGCGGGCCAGUGCCGCUGACUGCCUCCAGCACCCCUGGCUCAACCCCUAGGCCCGGCUACGGCUCCACCUCCAGCUCUCCGUGCCUUGAGGGAAAAGCGGGACAGCUCCCACCACCCUGCUGGGUGCCAGCUCUCCACAACCACAGGGCAGAGAGAUGCUGGAGCCAGGCCCGGCUCUCAGAGCGUGUUCUGCCUGAGACCCCCGUGAGGGCUCUCGGAGAAAGUGUGUGUAUUCCUUUCUUAAUAAAGUGUGGACUGAACAUCGGUGCCUGGAGUGAGGGAGGCCCACG